AUGCGUCAUGCCUUAUUCUCCACUUCUCCAAAGAGGGGCUCGAAUAUCCCGUUGUGGGGUUUCCCCAUCCAGCAUCUGUUGAAAACCCUCUGCAAGGAGCAUGCGGGGAAGCGCAGGAGGCGCAACGGCCUCCAGGGCACCGAGCACGCGUUGGAUAAAGUGUUCCUGAUUAAAGAAAGCAUGCCGUUAAAGAGCCGCAGCAGACCCCGCACCCUGCACACGCAGUGGAAUCACGUGGCGCAGAAAACUUCUGCUUCACCUCCCGCAGUGCACCAUCUACGGAAGAGGAAGAGGAGGCCACAGGAGUAA